AGAAUGUGGAAUGCAUCCGUCCAUUUAAUGAGAGAGAGGGGGGGAAAGACAUGCAUUUAAAUGCUUAACAGCAUGCGUCCAGUCAGGAAGCCCCUUUGCUGCCUUUUGCUUGUGACUUUGCCUCUGGGAGUUUUCUUCCUUUGUCUCUGGUCGCUGAAACCUUACCGUGUUGUGGAUGUGAUGUAUCGAAUUCCUGGGAUAUCAGAGAACGUUCUGGAGCAUGGACUUUGGGAGCCUUCUGAGAAAUAUGCCCACAUAUCCUUCAAAGUGAAAGAGAUAGUGGCUGGGCUACUUCCAAAGAAUGGCUGCCGAUGUGAGAAAGAGGAGCCCAUGAUAAACCUGCCAUUCACCAAGCAUCUUUUCCAUCAAGUUUCUGUCCAUCAGUUUGAACAGGUCUUCAAAGAAGUAGAACGGGAGGAGUUGAAGAAAAGAAGGGAGCAGGAGUACCAGCAUUUUCUACAGAGGUCACAUUCCCCUGCUGAUGUGAUGAUCAUUGCCAAAGCCAACACACCUUUGGAGUACCCCACGCAAGGGCUGCAAGUGCGGCCUCUAAAAACCAUCGUGAUCCCAGGUUUAAGUUUACAAGCCCAAUCUAGGAACCUGUAUCGGGUCAAUCUAACAGCGAAUUUGGGAACCUUUGAUGUGGCGGCAGAGGUCGAUGGGGUCAAGGUCAAAGGUGAAGGGGAGAUGCACCUGUCUCUCUCGAGCUCUCAAGUGGACAACCUGAACCGUCAGCUCCAGUUUGUCACUUACACCAACACUGUCUUCAACCCAAACACGGCUGAUACAGGAUAUAACAUCAGUGCCUUGGUGACUAUAGCAACCAAAACGUUUCUGAGGUAUGACAAGCUGAGGGAGCUGAUAUCGAGCAUUAGGAAGUAUUACCCCAAUGUCACCAUUGUAAUCGCAGAUGACAGCGACAAACCACAAAAGAUUGAAGGAGCAUUCAUUGAGCAAUACUUCAUGCCAUUUGGGAAGGGUUGGUUUGCUGGACGGAACCUGGCUAUUUCCCAAGUCACAACGAAAUAUCUGCUCUGGGUCGAUGAUGACUUCAUUUUUACCGCAAACACCAAGGUUGAGAAGCUGGUGAAUAUUUUGGAGAAAACAACACUGGAUUUGGUUGGAGGGGCAGUGCGAGAGAAAACUGGGUUUGCUACCACUUUCCGUCACCAAAUUAGCGUGGAGCAAGGAGGAGAGGAGGGCGACUGCCUGCACACCCGCAUGGGCCACUACCACGUCCUGCAGGGCUUUCCGAAUUGUGUGGUCACAGACGGCGUGGUCAACUUCUUUCUGGCCCGCACGGACAAGGUGCAGCGAGUGGGGUUUGACCCCCGGCUGACUAGGGUGGCGCAUUCAGAGUUUUUUAUCGAUGGCCUGGGCAUUCUCCACGUUGGGUCCUGUGAUGAUGUCACAGUGGACCACGCCACCAAGAUCAAACUGCCCUGGAGCAGCGUCGAUGAAAACGAGAAAACUUACAAAGAAUUCCGGUACCCCAAGUCAUCGGAGGCAAACAUCCAACUGAAACAUGGGCUUUUUUACUUGAAAAACAGGUUUAAGUGUAUGAUAAAGGACUAAGGGACAGAAACAGGACUGCACUGAAAAAGGGGGAAGAAGGAAACUCCAAAAAUAAUGUUGUGCCCAAAGUUAAGAGAGCUGAGGACUCAUUGAGUUAAGUAAAAUGCUUCAAUGUGUAGGAUUAGGGCCUGAAUUUCACAUAACAGCAGAAACUGCUGCUCAUACAGUCACCUCAUGGGGAAUUCUCAGAUUAGCUGGGAGUUUAGAAUGUAAAAUGAUCCUCCACCCAUAAAGGUUGCUGAAAAUGGAAUUCCUGAGCCAGGCAACUGAGAAUUCUCUUUUUAAAAGGCUGAAUUGUAAAAGAAUUUGCAUCCCAAGUACCUUUCUGGGUUUAGAGACUUGGAAUAGCCUGCCCUGGGAAGCAGUAACAUUCUGCCAUGUGAAUCACUUUGUUACCUCAAACCAGACUCUACCUGUCCCAGAUUCAGCUGCAAUAAAAGUCUGCCUCCUUUGUUCUAAUCUAGCCACACAAUUGACCCCAAUAAUCUUGACCCGUUUGCUCCUUAGGCGACUACAGUGAAUUGAUAAUCAAGCUGCCUUUUCAUACUGUUUAGAGUGACGGUGAUUAAGGCCAGUUGCUACUGUAAUCAAGGGUUCAACAUCCUGUAAUAAGUGACUAACUCACUGAGCCAAAAAUCAGGUCAUUCCUUCGAAUAAUCUAGCCCAAAGGCAGCUGACGUCAAAGCUGCACUUUAACAUGACUCUUUUUUGGUCAGGGUUAAACCUCUUGAGACAGAAGAGUGUUGGGUGUGAAAUAGUUACAUGAUUCAACAGGGGAGUACUUUGGCAGUGCAUCAUGUAUCUCGCUUUGUGAGGCAUUUAUGGCAGAGAUGGGCCGGAACGGCUGUAGCGUUCCCCCCCUGGUGUUGGGAUAGAAAUUCUGAAAAGCCUUGCAAGCGCAUCAAGGCUGAACUCGAGACUGGAUAACAGAGUACAGCUGGCAUCUUGAAAUUUUAACAAAACUGGCCUACCUGUCACCUGCUCCAGAGGCAGGUCUCCAGUCCUCCUCAGUAGGCUUGCAAUAUACCUAUUUACCCAGUUUCGUUUAGCUGUUUACAUUCAAUUUACCAAUGAUUAUGACUUGUUCACCUGUCUUUUACCCUCAGUUACAAAGGCAAGUUGCAAGCUCUGCUUUAACUCAGCUUUUUUGCUGAAAAUGUCAUUUUUUUUCUUUCUCCAGCUACGUCAGAGUAGGCAUGGGUCAUACCCUAAGUAUACUGGGAGUAGGGUGGAGGAGGGAGAUGGUUGCAGGCUAUGGUUGGUAAACAACAAUAGCUUGUAUUUAUAUAGCACCUUUAGGGUAUUCCAAGGUGCUUCACAGGAGCAUUAUUAGACAAGAAUUUGACAUCAGACCAUGUAAGGAGAUAUUGGGACAGAUGCCCAAAAGCUUGGGAAAAGAGGUAGGUUUUAAGGAGCGUCUUAAAGAGAGAGAGGAGGUAGAGCAGUGUGUGGGAAGAGGGAGAUAAUUCCAUUGCUUGGGGCCUAGGAAUCUGAAGUCAUGGCCACCAGUAGUUGAACAGUUAAAAUCAGGAUGCUCAAGAGGCCAGAAUUAGUGAAGCACCGAGUUCUCGAGGUUUGUAGAGAUGGAGGAGAUUACUAAGAUAGGGCCAAGGCCAUGGAGACAUUUGCAAACAAGGAUUAAAGCUUCAUCUUGUUGGCUCCUGUGUUGCUAGUUAAAUUUCUCUUGUUUAAUUUUACUCUUCCAGGUUUUUUCUUACUGUUGAGGGACAGGGAGAUGUGCUUCUGUAAAAAGAAAUGCUGUUGGUUUUGUGUUUAUUGCCACUUAUAUGACCGAAGCUGUUCUAUAAUUCAUCGCCAAUGGCAAUGACCAGGUCUGUGCUAUUAAAUGCCCUGCUCCGAUUGGACCUAAUCAAGUUCCACCUAAAGUAUUGGCCUCUGACCCUCAGGCUGGGCCAGCGCUAAUAUGGUAGCAUGCUACAACUGGCCAAGACAUGCAAGCAAUAGGCCACUGAGAACUCAAUUGUAAGAAACCAAAUAGUAGGUGACUGGUGGAUCUAGAAGUGGGCUGGAUGCCCCUGCUAUAGUUCUUGCAGAGCAAAACUGUGUGAUGUGAAAGGCGUGGCAUCUGCCAACCUAUGUUGGGUGUUGUAAU